AACUUUUCUGUUAUUUAACAUAAUGUCGAAACUAGAUGAAGAAAAUAUUAUGUCCCUAUUAAAUGACGAAUUCCUCAUGGAAAGUGACAUUGAAGAUGACCCAGGAUUACCUGACACCGCCAAUUCAAAUCACAAUGAUAAUUGUGUCAUUAUAGACGAUAUCCAAGUUGGUGAAGAAGUUACGCUUUUAGUUGAUGGUUCUGGUGUCUGUAGUAUCUAUAAUGCAGAACGUGAAAGCAAAGUGAAUGAUGAAGAGGCUGUUGCUAGUUUGAGCAUUGAUAACAGUGUUAAUGCUACCGGUAUGGAAAUAGGCCUAAGUGACUCCCCGAACAUUGAUAACAGUGAUAGUGAUAUGGAAAUAAGUGACUCACCAGGAAGUGAGAGUGAUGAAAUGUGUGACCAAGGAAAAAAAGUUAGGAGCCGAAAAAGAAACGUCUGUAGGAAGAACUGGAAAAUGGAAGUAAGGAAGAGAAAAAGACAGAGUGGAAAAGAAUAUGAAGAUAGAAAAGGAAAGGUUCACAGAGCUAGACGGAUUCAAGGUGAUUGCAAAGGAGCAUGCAAGUUUAAAUGUGACACACAAGUUAGUGCUGAUGAAAGAAAACAAAUUCACGACAAAUUCUGGUCCCUCAGUGAUACAGGUAAAAGUCAUUUUUAUAGUAAGUUUGUCGAAAGACACACUAAGCAAAGGUCUCGUACAUUACACGAAAAUAAUAGGAAGUUUUCUUAUUUCUACUACUUGGGAACUGAAAAAGAUAUGCGCGUUAGAGUGUGCAAAGAAUUUUUCUUUAAAACUUUGGACAUAAGUCAAAGGAGGAUAUAUUACUUUUUUCAGAAUGUGUAUGAUUCUCAAACAGGUACGGCCCGAUCCCCUUUAAAAGGUAAAAAUACUAAAAGUCAUAUUGACGAUGAGUUGAAGGAAAAGGUUCGUGACCACAUUAACUCGUUUCCCCGCAUAGAGGCUCAUUAUUGUCGAAAAGAUAGUACCAAAGAAUACCUAGAAGGGGAUUUAUCUCUGGCUGAAAUGUAUCGACUUUACUCAGCAUCAGUAGAAAAUCCAGUAAAAGAGUCACUCUAUAGGCAUAUUUUUAACCAUGAGUUCAAUUUAGAGUUUUUUAAGCCUAAAAAAGAUCGCUGCGACACUUGUGAAGCUUUUAAAUGUAAUCUGGAACCGAGUCAGGCAGAAACAGAAAGAUUUAACUUACACAAAACAGAAAAGGAUGCAGUCAAACUUGUUCGAGACAAAGACAGAGCUGUGUCAAUAAAAGCUGUAAAUGACUCAAAUACCUGCUUUAGGGUGACCCGGGGCAAUUCUGGCACGGGGCAAUUAUAGCAAUGGCCUAUAUUUUUUUUAAAUUUCAGCUUUACAGAUCAGUGAAGCAAUAUUUGUUAUUUCAGCAUAUACCUCCUAUAUAUAGGAAAGCAUUUUUGUAAAAAUAAAAUGUUUGCAGUAAUUUUUAUUAGCGAUUAAAAAAGGACUUUCUUCCACAGCCCGAGGAUAUCGAAACAUCGCACACGGCUAAUUUUUUUUCCCCUAUGAAUUUUAUAUUUUAUUUUUUUUUAUACUCAAAGAUAAUUGUUCAGACUUAAAACUUCAUGAACAAAAAUAGUAAUAGCAGUUAUCCCUUUAAGAUAUUUAAAUUUAAAUGGGUGCUAUAAUUGCCCCAUUUUCAUAUGCUAUGGGGCAAUUGUGGCAAAGAACCCGGGGCAAUUAUGGCAGCUAUAUAUCUUUAUACAAAUAAUGUAUAAAUUAAAGAAUAAAUUGUAUAACAACGUGUGUUAUGUGUAAUAUGUUUCAUUUCAGUUCAUUUGGAUGGCUUUGUAAACACCUUUUGCUUAGAUUACUCUAUGGCAGCCUGAUUAUUUUUAUUGUUUAUUGUUGCUAGAAGUUUUGAGGUUAAGGCCCUUGUACGCUUGUACUGUCUUACCGGUUUAUUCACAACUUCCUUAUAAAUAGAGAUAGAACAAAAAUUAAAACACCAUCUUAAACAGCUAAAUUAGGCCUAUGCCAUGAUUGCCCCAAUGUCAGAGCAAUUUAAACAAUAAGGAAAAUAUAAGGUAUUGCUAUAAUUGCCCCAAGGUUGGGGCAAUUCUGGCAUCUGACACUCCAAAAAAAAAAAACCUCAAACCCCCUUAAGGGGAGUUUGAGAUUGUUGUCUAAAUAUAUGAAAACACUAGAGGAAUAACAUAGAAUUACUAUGGUAAUUGUCAAAAUAAAAUGAAAAAUAUGUUCACCGCGGUACAAGCAGUUAAAGUUAAGGUUCACGUCUGGCUGCCAGAAUUGCCCCGGGUCACCCU